AUGCUCUUCUUCCCCUUUUCCCUUCUCCUUCCAUUCCCCUCCGUCCCUCCCCCUUCUUCUCUUCCCUUCUCCUCCACCCUCCUCCUCGCUCCUCUCCUCAGCCCUCCACCAUCCCCUCCGGCCUUCUCCUCCUCCCUUCCCCUCUCCGCUUCUCCUUUCUCUCUUCUCUACUGUUUCCCUCGAGGUCGGAAAGCUCUACGGCGAGGGCGACAUACAAUCAUAUAGGUGGCCCAGACCAAUUGGGUCUUUCUUCUACUAAACCAACUCGUGACACAUUGUACAGAACGGCAGCCAACUGGUUCAGUUAAGCAGCUCCAUUUGGGACAGCACUUCUUACCCCCGAGGGGGGGGGAGUUGGUUAUAAAAGGUGUCCUAAACAAAUGCUGGAUUCACGACAUCUGCGCGCAGACCGUUGCUCGCAGACUGCAAUACCUGCGGUCGAAACCAGCAAACCAGAAACGAUACUCUCGCUCAUCCCUCUCCUCUUCCUCAUCUUCCCCCCUCCGCCUCACCCGAUAGGCUGCUAGUGUGAGUCUGCUCACUCUGGUAGCCCGGAAUGUUCGUUCCCUUUAAGACAAUCCCCGGAACAGCCAACGGGAACGGAGAACGCAGCUAGUCGUUUGGGAACUGGCCGGUUACAGGGUGGACAUUGCUGCACUCAGCGAGGCCCGGUGCUCCGAAGAAGGUCAACUGGAGAAGGUGGUUGUCGGCUAUACCUUCUUCUGGAACGAACGACUCAGGGCAGGGCGACUAUAUGCGGUAGUCGUCUUUGCCACCCGGAGGGACAUCGCGGGACGACAUCCCCGGCUGCCGCAAGGCAUCAACGGCCAACUGAUGAGCCUCCGCCUGCGUUUUCGGGAAUCCAACUUCAUCGUCAUUAUCAGCGCCUGCAUCCUACCAGUGACUGGCUCAGAAGAGACAAAGACCAAGUUCUACGAAGGCCUGCACGCCUUUCUGGCGUCUGUGGCGAAGGCGGAUAUGUUGAUUGUCCUUGAUAACUUCAAUGCCAGCGUCGGAGCACACUUCGCUGUCUGGAGUGAAAUUCUGGGUCCUCACAGAAUCGCCGGCUGCGGCGACGAUGGCCUCUCUCUCUCUCCUGCGAACCUACGCUGA